CAUUCAUCAAGUUGGCAUGCUGCCACGCACGUUGAUGAUCGUGCCGCGCCGUCUGGCUGCUUCAUGGCGGCGUCGGACCCUAGUUCACAGGUUUCCCUCCAUCCAAGCAUUGCCGACAAUGAAUGUUCCAUCCGUGUGCUAUACCUCGUCGAAUUCAAACGCACACCAGUCUCCUGCACGGACAGCCGAGGCCGCCAACACCAUGUCCAUCGCCACGUCGCACGACCAGCAAUACCUGUCGUUCUACAAGUACACGAUCGUGGAUCCAAUGGACUUGCCGCGUCUGCGCAAGUCCAUGCUCCAGGAAUGGCGCGCUAUGGGCGUCCUUGGUCGAGUGUACAUUGCCGAGGAAGGCAUCAACGCCCAGAUCACCGUGCCCGUGUCCCAGCACACAGCCUUUCGAGCGUACUUGCGCAAUCACCCGCACCCUGUCUUUCACGACGUGUUUUUCAAUUCGGGCGGCGAGCUCACCGACGACAACAACGACCGACAGCCGUUCCACACCCUACAUGUCCGCGUGCGGCCGCACUUGGCCAACGAUGGCUUGACUACCCCAUUGGACAUGUCUAACCGAGGCCAAGAGCUGUCUCCUAGCGAGUGGCACGACGCCUUGGACGACCCCCGACCCAAGCGCGUGCUGGACUGCCGCAACUACUACGAGCACGACAUCGGCCGCUUUGACCAUGCGGAGCGCAUCAUGGUGGAAACGUUCAAGGACACAUUCGAUACACUGGACGCGAUGCUGCACGACACCCCCAAGGACACGACGUGCAUGAUUUACUGCACCGGGGGCAUCCGGUGUGAAAAAGUCGGCGCGUACUUGACUCAAAAAGGGUACACGGACGUGAAGCGUCUCGAAGGCGGCAUUGUCCAUUACGCGCAAUACAUCAAGCAAGCCGCCACCAUCACGUCCAAAUUCAAAGGUCGCAACUUUGUGUUUGACCAACGGCUGUCCAACUCCAACACGGCCAUCACGGACGACGUCCUCGCGCACUGCUACACGUGCGGCGACCCGACCAACUCGCACACGAACUGCAGCAACACGCUGUGCCACAGUCUGAUGUUGCAAUGCCCAUCCUGCGCGACUUUGUUGGACGGGGCGUGCUCCAUUCAGUGUCAAAACAUGAAGUAUGUCAUGGACAAGCAGCCUCGGGACGUCCGCCGCAAGUUUGCCAAGCAAUACUCGUACCAGUUUCAGACCCAUUUGGUGCCCAACGGUCGCCUUCGCCGACCUGGCCCUUCCACCCCCCGUCGUCUUCACGGCCGAUCAUUUUCUACGUACGCCGUGGCGCCGUCCGACGACCUCAACGCGUUUGUGGUUGAUCAUGCAGCUAGUGGGGACAAGCAGAUGCUUGAAAAGCUGCGCGAGUUGCGAGCGGCCAUCGACAGCGACUGGCCCGUGGCGUCGACGGCGAAAAUGAUCCCUGAAGCACAAGCCGUGUACAUGCAGUUUAUGCUUCGGUCCAUUGGUGCCGCGUCGGUGCUGGAGAUCGGAUCGUUCGUCGGGUACUCGGCACUGGCGAUGGCUUUGGCCUUGCCCGACCCCCGCCAGCUGGUCACAUGUGACAUCGACCCCCUCGCGCAUGCGUGGGCUGCCAAGUACUUUGACUCAGCCAACAUUCCCAUCGACCUGCGACUCCAAGACGGGCUCCAAGCCGUGGAAUCUCUCGCCGCCGACAAAAGGCAAUUUGACUUUGUGUUUGUCGAUGGCAAUAAGGCAAGUUAUGCGACGCUGUACGACGCGAUCGUGCGCCACAAGCUGGUGGCGCCACGUGGACUGGUCGUGUUUGACAACACGUUGUUCCGAGGGCAGGUGGUGCUCCACGCCAACGGCCGCGGCCACGUCAAGGAGAAAAUCGCGGCCAAGUUGCUCGCCUUUAACCAGCAUGUGGCGCAAGACCCGCGGACGCAAAGCGUCGUGGUGCCGUUGUGGGAUGGGCUCACCAUUGCCCAGCUUGUCGAGAACUAACAGUAAAUGGCGAAAUGGAUUUCGGCACACAGGUGUUGCAAACACAGCGAUUGUAGUACCUGUUUGUUAUGGUGUACUACCGUAGUACACUCCCAAUUUACACGCGGCAGUACUACUACAUACGUAGCGGCACAACCACGUUAUGAAAAACGACCAAGUACUCUA